CAAAAAAGUGGUUGGACUGAAAAGCAUUCAACUCAAUAUUGAGGGUCCUGGCAUAGCUGGGAUCGCCGUCGCCGAAAAAGAUGAACAGAUUGAGGCGUGCCAACGGAGUCUCAGUCACAUCAUCCUCAUCGGGGUAUUCGAAUUUCAGACCCACCGUCGACGAUGACCAAGACCUCCCCACGUACGAUCCUCGCUCCCACCUUGCUCAGAAGGAGCUCUCCCGUCUCAGAUCUGCCCAGAAUGCAAUCCACGUCAUCCCCCUUCUCCUCCUUCUCUGUGCUCUCAUCCUCUGGUUUUUCUCCACCCCAGGUCUCUCUCGUUACUCCGAUCCCCGAGCCGACAGAAUUUGACGUUUGAUUGCAGCCCUUGGCAACAUCACAUGAACUAUACCCUGCUAUAGAACUGGAACACAGACAAGAUUGGCUUUAUCUUUAUAGCAUCGGAAAUCCACAAAAUUGGACGGGAGGAAAAGGAUGAGAUAGAGCAUGUAGGAGAAUUCAUUUCGUCAAAUUACUGGUGUUUCAAUUUUAGUUGUAUUUAAUAUUAGCCAGGAUGAGUAGUAUUAGCUGUGUCCUUGAGGCACAAAGAAAAAUGAUGAUUACAUCAUUACACUAGAAUGAAAAUCCAGUACAACUCUUAUCGGGCUUUUUGCACGAGUUCCAAUGUUCCCUGCAUCGUAAAUGACAAAUAUUUGCUCUUUGAUGGUUGUCAUCCAAGGACUAGCAGAUCUAUCGCUCUGGGAUUAGGAGGAAAAAGCUUACAUUUUGAUUGUUUGCAUGUAUGCUAGUUAUUGCUUGAUGACAGCAGAAGGAGCCUUUUCUGCAAUCAGAAAGAGCCAUUCAUAGCUCAAA